CGACAUUUCAUCCUGUGAGCCGGUUGAGUAAAGUUGCUAAGAGCGCGCGCCUGUUGCAACUUCUCUCCACCGCGAGUGAACUCCUUGGUCGCGCGCGUCUCCCACAGCAAAUCAUCGGGGAUCUCUGCGAGCUCGCGGCUCUGUAAUUUGCUCUCCUCUCCUCUGCUGCUCCAAAAUAUACAGUGAGAACGUGUAAUCUUUGUGACAGCCCGCAAUGGACGAGGACAGCAACGUCUUGCCCGACUUGAAGGAUAUAGAGACAAAGUUGGGUCGAAAAGUCCCGGACAGUCUCAUCCGUUCUCUUGUCGGAGGAAAACAUCACGACGAGCACGAGAAGUCGCCUGCGCCGCAUUUAAUGAACGGCAAAUGUUGUAGUAAUUCUGCCGACUUGAAAAGACUGGAGAGCAAAAUGCUAUUCCUCAAACAAGAAAUGGCACAUCUGCGAGCCAUUGAUGUGAAGCUGAUGCAGCAGCUUAUGUCAAUCAACGAGGGCAUUGAGUCCAUCCGUUGGAUGAUAGAAGACAAGGGAGGCGUGGCCAGCCAGGAAGGCAGCCUGACGGGGAGCUUGUACAGCCUGUCAGACAGCCAGGACGGUACCUCGCUGCGAGGCAGCUUCAACAGCUUGAAUGAUGGUAACAGCGACGGACUAGACAGCCUGUCCGUGGGUAGCUACUUGGACACUCUAGCAGAGGACCUCUCGGACAACCCCUCGCCUACGGAGCUGGACUGUUUCGUGGAGAAAACGGUUAUUGACGGCGAUGCUUUCAGCAAACCGCCACUGAAACUCAGGGUGGAAUCAGAUGAAUACUACUGCUUUGGAUAAUGAUAAGCUAAACGUGGUGGUGAUAGAGACUACUGAGAUAUUUUGUGAAGAAGGAUUUAGAAGUGUGUUUCUUCACUUUGACAAAUUAACUCAGAUGUCAGAUAAUUUUCCCCCAAUAUGCUUCACAUUUUUCUCAUCCUAGCCAACACGCUGGCAAGACUUAUACCAAAUGACAUUUUACCUUGAAACCAGCUUCCUUUUUGAACUCACCUCAUUAAAACCACUGCCACUUAAUGUCACACCAAGUGCAAGUAAAAACAUCCUAACAACCCUUUAUGUCUUAAUAUUUUAUCAUGCAGGUCAAUUACAUUAAAAGGGUGCUUUAUUCUCACUAAAGAUUGUAUUUAUUGUGGAGUUAUCUAAUACCUCAGCAGCUUACCGAAGAAGGGGUGUGAAUAAAAGUAGCAACAUCAGCCAAGCGGCAGAUUUCCUUCUUUAUUUGUGGAAACUUCGACUUGGACUUGGUGUCAGGUCAACCAUAAUCAUCUGAUCUAAGGAAAAGAGUAGAUUAGGAUUCAGCAGCCAUUUGGAAAAUUGGACAUUUCACGGUGAGCGAUUCAAGGGUCUAAACUGCUUAAAGUGGCGAGUUGAAGUGUUAUAGCAAGUGCAAUUUGCCUCUAUGCCAAAAUCCGAGCACCACCUACUGUAAAUGUUAAGCUUUUAAUUAUUUUACUUACAUGUUUUGACUGAUGGAAGUUCCUUAACUAAACCCCCCCCCAGUCUGCGAGGGGGGAGAACUUACAUGUACACACAAGAGAUUAGCAGCACAUUGAAAGCACAUAUGCUUGACUGAAAACCAAAGCAGUUUGAUUGUCUUAUAGAUCAUUUAGGCCUGAAGGCAAACUCUGUUAAGAGCAGAUGGGAGAUUUGUUAAUGGUGGACAUAUGUGAGACACGUGUUUGCUUUGUUGGGCACAUUUUAAUUCUGUUGCCAAAAAAAAAAGGUUUAACCAGAGCUAUACAUUGCUGUACAUUUGUUCCUUGAUUUAGCUUUAAAAUCCUCAUGUUGAUUUUUACACUUGUAUUUUAUGCCGCCUGCAGUUUUUAACUGGUUGCUGUUAAUUUUGUUGUGGAAAUGAUGAUAAUAAUAAUAUAAUGUGAUUUUUCUCUCGCUCA